AUGGAUGGAUGGAUGACACACUCCCAUCUCUGUCCUGACACCCUUUGGGUCCCACUGCUCUGCCUGCUGCUCCUCUGCGUCCCUGCAGUACACACAGCUAAAUGUCCACAGCAGUGUGUGUGUGACCAGAUCCAACUCACUGUGACCUGCAUCAACAGGAACCUGACCCAAGUUCCUCCCAAUGCUGAUGAGAUCACAGUCAAGUUAGAUCUCCGAGGCAAUGAUAUCAAGGAGCUUCCAACUGGGGCUUUCAAACACACGCCCUACCUCACUCACCUGUCACUGCAGCGCUGUAACAUCCGCACGGUGAAGGAGGGGGCUUUCCGCGGCCUCGGUCGCUUGGUUUUCCUCAACCUGGCCAACAACAAUAUUGAGAUCCUCUACCAGGAGUCGUUUGAUGGUCUGUCAUCGCUGAAGCAGCUUAUGAUCGACCGUAACCGCGUGGAGGAGAUCCAGCCUGGAGCUUUCUCUCAGCUGGGAUUCCUCAACCUGCUCUCCCUUACGCACAAUCAGCUGGUGUACAUCCCCAACAUGGCCUUCCAGGGCUUGCAGAACAUCAAAUGGAUGCGUCUCAGUCACAACUCUCUGAACUACCUGGACACUGAGGCCUUCGCUGGUCUGGUCACUCUCACCCGUCUCAGUCUGGACCACAACGAGCUGCAGUUCUUUCCUACUGAGACCAUGACUAGACUUCCAGGGGUGACUCGUCUGGAUCUGAGCUAUAACCCUAUGACGUACCUCGGGGAAGAGGCAGUGUCCAUGGCCAAGCUUGCCCAAUUGUUCCUUGACCACAUGUCCCUACAGGACAUGGCCAACACGGCUAUUUUUAACUCGCCCAGCCUCACCCACCUGGACAUCAGCUUCAACCAGCUGCGUGUCCUCCAUCCAUUCUCUGAAGGUUCACCGAAGCUGGCACGCCUCAACAUGGCUGGGAACCCCAUUUAUUGCAACUGCUACCUGCGUCCGCUCAGGGAGUGGGCGAUCCGUGGCAAGGUGAAGUUGAUGGGCACAUGUGGGGGACCAGACAAUUUCUCUGGAGAAAACCUGGAAGCUGUCUACCCUCCAGAGCUGCGAUGCCAGAGUCAGGAGGCCAUGCUGAAGGCCGAGUUUGAGGAGGCCAUCAGGAUCACACCACCACCCACCGAGGCGCCAGAGAACAAAGUCAAGUGUCCGGCCAACUGUGUUUGUGAGGCUGAGACGCACCAUUCUUCAUGUGAAAAUCGCAGUCACACCAAAGUUCCCCGGGGUUUCUCUCCCAACACGCGCCUCCUCGACCUGCGUGGCAACCACUUCCACUACAUCCCGAGCAACAGUUUCCCAGGAGUCGCCCAGGUCGUGUCCCUGCACCUGCAGCGCUGCAAGAUCGUGGACGUGGAAAGCGGCGCCUUCAGUGGGAUGAAGGGAUUGAUCUACUUGUACCUGUCAGAGAAUGAUCUCACUUCUAUCAGCCCUGAUGCCUUUAAAGGUCUCCCCCAAUUGACUUACCUUCACCUGGAGAAAAACCGCUUCACCAGUUUCCCCAAAGGAGCCUUCAAACUGGUACCCAGCCUGCUUGCACUUCACCUGGAGAACAACACUGUCACCAAGCUGGAGUCAGGCAUCUUGACUGGUGCAGAGGGUCUCAGAGCUCUCUACCUCACUGGGAAUGCAAUUGAUCACAUCUCGCCCAGGGCCCUGGACCAGGCCAGCGACCUUGAUACGCUCCACCUGGGAGGAAACAAGCUGGAGGAGGUACCCACCGAAGCUCUGAGCAAGUCGGGGAACCUCAGAGACCUGAGGCUGUCGGGGAAUACAAUCCGCUGGGUGGGUCCAAACACUUUUCGUCCUCUGGAGAGGUCACUGAAGGAGCUGUAUCUGGAUAACAUGGGGCUUGAGAAGAUGUCGCAGAACUCCCUGACAGGCCUGGGUCCUGGGUUGAGAAGCCUCUUCCUGGAGGGAAACCAGCUGGAGGAGGUGCCUGACCUCCACCCUCUCACAUCUUUGGAGGUCAUCAACCUGGCGGGCAAUCCUCUGAUGUGUGACUGCCCUCUGCUGCCACUACGCUUGUGGAUUGAGAAAGUGAACUUGAAGGUACGAGCCACCUGUAGCAACCCCCCUGAGCUGAGGGGUCGCAGGGUCAAAGAUGUCCAUGCCUUCAAAGCCUGCCCCGGUGGAGAGAGCCUUCCCUCCCUGCCUACAGUCACCCUGAAGCCCGCUAAGACACCCAAGACCACCAAACCCAAACCAAUGCACCUCACUGGCCUCAGGCACGUUAAGAGGCUCAAAGCUAAACCCAAACUUCACAAGACUCCGAACACCAAACAAGCAGCAGCCAAGAAAACCAAGAGCGUGGCUUGAACCCACAACCUUCGACUUUUGCCUGGCUUCGGUUCUUAUUCUUUUGAGACCACAGCUUCAAAUAUACCAGUCAAAGGUUGUGAGGGUAAACAUUGGAUUGAGCUCACUUAAAAAACUGUACCAACUAUGACACCUCCCACAAGUCAGUUUGCAUAAAACUUGUUUUUGCUGUCUAAUCAAUAGUGUUGUAAAGGGGUUAAGAAGUGUUUUAAGAUGCUCUGUCAGCGCUGCCAUGUGUCACACAAUAGAUCCACACCCACAGUUCAGGGUAUGCGGUUUGGACCAAAGGAUUUCAGGUCAUCAGCAGCUUGGUUCGAAGUUUUAGCAGGAGGGGAACCGGCCGUUAGCACAGAUGUUAGCGCGCUGCUUUUCCAUGAUUGAAAUCCUAUACACUUUUUGGCUCAAUGCUCGUUAUCCUUAACCACAAGAUUACCUCAAGUCGCAGUUGUAAAGAUCAUUAAAGAAAAAAGUCUAAUCAUUAAAUGGAGUAGAAUUAUCAUUUUUUUUAAAUCAUACAUUUCAUAUUUACAAACAGAAAAAAGAAGGCAAUACAAAUACAUCUUACAACCCAAAACGAUGAAAUAAAGAGAUUAGUCAUAAUUCAUCAAAUCAUGAGGAGCACAUGUCAUCUGUGUUUAGUGGAACCAACAGGGAGACAUCAAGGUAGAUUCAAACUGAUUUGGACGGUUCUUACGGGAUACAGUCUUUUUGAGGAAUAUCCUCCACCUCCAUCGGUUGAACCAUUUUAUAGAAAAUCUGCGUGGGUUUGUAUGGUUGUGCAGUAAACAGACCUGUUGCUCUAGUUUUAUCUCUGAUAAAGCAGCAGCUCAAUAAGUUGUGGCCCCCGGGAAUACUGGGACAUGUAGUAGUGGUGACCAUCAAUAGAUGUCACCAGAUCAACUAAGAUCUCAUCACUAACCACGAGCUCUCGCUACUAACGUACAUUUUGCUCUGUAAACAUCUCAGUCUGUUUCCUCUAGAGUCGGGCGAUAUGGCCAAAAACUUAGUCAAGAAGAUUUUUUUCACAUCACUCAAUAUAAUUAUCACAAUAUCAUAAUGUCCAAAUUAUGUCGUUCAAGUUUACAGAGUGAUUUUUUUCUCUCCUGUGUAAAGGUUUUGUUUUUAAACUCUUUCAGCAAAAACUUGAUAAACAGCAAAAACUGUUAGUCUAUCUGAGGUGGAUCAAAAGUGUGUUCUACCUCCACACUGUUUUCACAAUGCAUAAGCCUGAUAGCGUUAUUUAUUGGACUUUGUUAUAUUGAGAUAAAUAUUGAAGUUGUUUUAUCGCCCUGGUCUCCUCUUGGUCUUUUCACUGCCACGUUGUCUUCAUUAUACUCCAUCACAAGGGUCAUCUUUGUGUCUCCAUCUUUUUCUACAAACUCCUCAUCUCUCCAUUCCUCAAGCCUCAGCCGCUCCGUGCUGCUCUCCAAUACUUCAUCCAUGGGUCGGUUGUUUUCUUGGCUCCGCUCCUCUUGUUAUAGUGUUUGUCUUUCAUUAAAACUCUUCACCCUGUUGCUUUCACCAGUGAAGCUCAUUUCUGUUGAUCUCUGCUCUUCAAGUCCAUCUUUUGCAGCUUUAUUUUUCUCUGUCAUUUCCUGUGCUUUGCUUCCCAAGCUGUUCUUUGCAGACGUGUCAUGUUGUCCUGACGUACUUGGUUCCCUUCCCUCCCCCUGUUUGACAAUGCCCUGACAGGCUUGUCGAGUUUUGCCUGGAGCAUCAGUUGCUAUCUCCAUUUCCACCUCCUCCACUUUCACAUGCACUGCAAAGACUGAAGACAGAAUUAAGUCACACCUUAACAAAAAUGGUGUCAUGAAAAAUGGGGAAAUUGAAGAGCAUGUUCAUGAGUUUCUCUACUUACUCUCCUGCUCCUCUGGCUCAGUCUUGGGUUGGAUGAGAGGCAGUUCGGGGGGAAGACUGAGGUUUAACAUCCCCGGAGGACUCUUACUGCCGCCGACCUCAGGCUGCUGAGCAGCAUCAUCUUCAGCAUGUUCAUCAGAGAGCCUCUUCCUUCCAUACCUCUUUCCUUUAGUAAGAAAAAUGUGGAGGUGAAGGAGCGGUUUCUCAUGUUUCUUUGUAUGAGAGAAAACACUGUUCAUUUCAGAACGUACUCUUCUUCCCGUAAUAAAAGUGCUUGCAUUUCUUGU